ACUUGGGAAAAAAAGUUUGAAUGAGUGCAUGUGAUCUUUUUAAAGCUUUUUUAUCCUUUAAUCACUGUAGAGUCAUGGUGUCCAUUUUCAUUACAAAAAAUGAGCAAUAGGAAAAAAGGAGACAUCUCUAAGACUAGAGUAAAAAAAAAAAACAAAGGGAGAAAAGGCUAAAGAUGGAAUUGACAAAUGAAUUUUUUGCUUUAGUUUUUUUUUAUCUUUAUUUUUCAGAAGUAUGACAGAUGGUGUUUACAGGAUAUUGAUUCUGAAGAAUUGAGGGUUCCUGAUCAAACCAGUCUAUAAUGGAGAAAACAGCAUGCGAAGUUCCAACAAGGAGAUCAUUGUUCUGUUUCUAAUUUCACUCUAGACAUGUACCCUCAAAGCAAAGAGUGAAAGGCUUUCAGGACACCAUCCCAUCCUUGCACCCUUUUUUCUUCUUCUUGGAGAAAAGAAAAACAAUGACCUAUUAUAGAUGUUGCUUGGUCCUCUUGGCUUUCACCUGGAACACUUCUGCCUAUGGCCCUGACCAGAGAGCACAGAAAAAGGGAGAUAUAAUUCUUGGGGGACUCUUUCCAAUUCAUUUUGGAGUAGCAGCUAAAGAUCAGGAUCUAAAAUCAAGGCCCGAGUCAGUGGAAUGCAUCAGGUAUAAUUUUCGAGGGUUUCGAUGGUUACAAGCAAUGAUUUUUGCCAUCGAGGAGAUAAACAGCAGUCCUUCUCUCCUCCCCAACAUGACACUGGGAUACAGGAUAUUUGAUACCUGCAACACAGUUUCUAAAGCCCUAGAGGCCACACUGAGUUUUGUGGCCCAGAACAAGAUUGAUUCCUUGAACCUGGAUGAAUUCUGCAACUGCUCUGAGCAUAUCCCCUCCACUAUUGCUGUGGUUGGAGCAACUGGCUCUGGCAUAUCCACUGCUGUGGCAAACCUGCUGGGACUGUUCUAUAUACCUCAGGUCAGCUAUGCAUCAUCCAGCAGGCUCCUGAGCAACAAAAACCAGUACAAGUCUUUCCUCCGGACCAUCCCCAAUGAUGAGCACCAGGCUACUGCGAUGGCAGACAUCAUUGAGUAUUUCCGCUGGAACUGGGUGGGUACCAUCGCCGCAGAUGAUGACUAUGGUCGGCCAGGGAUUGAGAAGUUCCGAGAGGAGGCAGAAGAGAGAGAUAUCUGCAUUAACUUCAGUGAACUCAUCUCCCAGUACUCUGAUGAGGAUGAAAUUCAGCAUGUCGUGGAGGUCAUCCAGAAUUCCACAGCCAAAGUGAUUGUUGUCUUUUCUAGUGGCCCCGAUCUAGAACCUCUCAUCAAGGAGAUUGUCCGUCGUAACAUCACAGGCAGGAUAUGGUUGGCCAGUGAAGCCUGGGCCAGCUCCUCACUCAUAGCCAUGCCUGAGUUUUUCCAUGUUAUUGGAGGUACAAUUGGGUUUGCACUAAAGGCAGGGCAGAUUCCAGGAUUUAGGGAAUUCCUUCAGAAGGUACACCCCAAGAAGUCAGUUCAUAAUGGUUUUGCCAAGGAGUUUUGGGAAGAGACAUUUAACUGUCAUCUCCAGGAAGGUUCUAAAGGGUCUCUAUCUUUUGACCCCUUUCUGAAGAGUCGAGAGGAAGGGGGCAGGAGCAGACCCAACAACAUGACCACCACUUUUCGUCCUCUGUGUACUGGGGAUGAAAACAUCACCAGUGUUGAGACACCAUAUAUGGACUACACCCAUUUGCGGAUCUCUUACAAUGUAUACCUGGCUGUCUACUCCAUUGCCCAUGCCUUGCAGGACAUAUACACCUGUUCACCUGGGAAAGGACUCUUCACCAAUGGCUCCUGUGCAGAUAUUAAAAAGGUUGAGGCUUGGCAGGUUUUAAAACACCUGCGGCACUUAAACUUCACCAACAAUAUGGGCGAGCAAGUGGAUUUUGAUGAGUUUGGGGACCUGGUGGGCAACUAUUCAAUCAUCAACUGGCAUCUCUCCCCAGAGGAUGGCUCCAUCGUUUUUAAGGAGGUUGGGCAUUACAAUGUUUAUGCCAAGAAGGGUGAACGGCUUUUCAUCAAUGAGGAGAAAAUUCUGUGGAGUGGAUUCUCCAGGGAGGUGCCAUUUUCCAACUGUAGCAGAGACUGUCUGGCAGGUACCAGAAAAGGGAUCAUUGAGGGGGAACCUACCUGUUGUUUUGAAUGCGUGGAGUGUCCUGAUGGAGAGUACAGUGAUGAAACAGAUGCAAGUGCUUGUGACAAGUGUCCUGAUGACUCCUGGUCCAAUGAAAAUCAUACUUCUUGCAUUGCGAAGCAGAUUGAAUUUCUUUCUUGGACAGAGCCAUUCGGAAUUGCCCUCACCCUUUUUGCAGUUCUGGGUAUCUUCCUAACAUCUUUUGUACUUGGAGUCUUCAUCAAGUUCCGAAAUACUCCCAUCGUCAAGGCAACCAACCGGGAACUGUCCUACCUCCUUCUCUUUUCCUUGAUCUGCUGUUUCUCCAGCUCCUUGUUCUUCAUUGGGGAGCCUCAGGACUGGACGUGUUGCCUGCGCCAGCCAGCCUUCGGGAUCAGCUUUGUAUUAUGCAUAUCUUGCAUCUUGGUGAAAACCAAUCGGAUCCUUUUGGUAUUUGAGGCAAAGAUCCCCACCAGCCUCCACCGCAAGUGGUGGGGUCUCAACCUGCAAUUUCUCCUCGUUUUCCUCUGCACCUUCAUGCAGAUUGUCAUAUGUGUCAUUUGGCUCUACAAUGCUCCCCCUUCUAGCUAUCGGAACUACGAGCUGGAGGACGAGAUCAUCUUUGUCACGUGCCACGAAGGUUCCCUUAUGGCGCUGGGGUUCCUGAUCGGCUACACCUGCCUUCUGGCUGCCAUCUGCUUCUUCUUUGCAUUCAAGUCCAGGAAGUUGCCUGAGAACUUCAACGAAGCCAAGUUCAUCACCUUCAGUAUGCUCAUCUUCUUCAUCGUCUGGAUCUCCUUCAUCCCCGCCUACGCCAGCACCUACGGUAAGUUCGUCUCGGCUGUGGAGGUGAUCGCUAUCCUGGCGGCCAGCUUCGGGCUGCUGGCCUGCAUCUUCUUCAACAAGGUCUACAUCAUCCUCUUCAAGCCUUCUCGGAAUACCAUCGAGGAGGUCCGCUGCAGCACGGCAGCCCACGCCUUCAAGGUGGCGGCCCGAGCCACGUUGCGUCGCAGCAACGUCUCUAGGAAGCGAUCUAACAGCCUUGGGGGCUCCACCGGCUCUACCCCGUCCUCCUCCAUGAGCAGCAAGAGCAACUCUGAGGACCCCUUCCCGCAGCCCGACAGGGAGAAAGAGCAGCAGCAGCAGCAGCAGCCCUUGACCCCUCAGCAGCAACGGCCGCAACAGCAACAGCACCGCUGUAAACAGAAAGUGAUCUUUGGCAGUGGGACAGUCACCUUUUCUCUGAGCUUCGAUGAACCACAGAAGAAUGCUAUGGCCCAUAAGGUGGCCAAACAGCAGAACUCCCUAGAGGCCCAGAAUAGUGGUGACAGCCUGGCCCGGCGCCAAGCCUUACUCCCCCUUCAGAGCAGCGAAGCCGGAUCAGAACUGGACAGCGGGGACUUGGACUCAAACGAGUCGGUGGUGGGUGAUAGCCAGCCAGAGACCCAGAUCCCCGAAGAAAUGUCCCCAGCCCUUGUUGUGUCUAACUCAAGGAGUUUUAUCAUCAGCGGAGGCGGCAGUGCCAUCACGGAAAAGAAAAUCCAUUCCUAAACUGAAAGACAGCCGCUGAUCCAGAGAGGAUCAAGAAAGUCCAGGGUGUAAUUGUUGGAGACAAUUAGAGUGCAUUGUUGUCCAUAGAAAUUGCUUUCCCUCUGGAGACAGAAGGAGUUUUUAGAAUCUUGAACUUGUCACAGAUAGUAACUAAGUUGCAAGUAACACAGUCACAGGUAGUAAUUGAGUUGCAAGACUGGCAACAACAAAAAAAAUAACAAAAGUCAUUCUCUUUGGGGGAUUUAGAUCAAUGAAACUGCUUUUUAAUGCUGUUUGAUGUGUAGGGGGAAUUCCCUCACAUUUAGAGCUGGCCAGGAGUAGAAUGGGGAGUAGUAGGGUCCUUAUCACUUGAGGUCUUCAAGCAGAGGCUGGAUGACUGAUCACUUGCAGGAGAUUCAGCCAAAGUUGGCCCACCUGGUCUCAGAAGUCUCUUCAAGGCCUGAGAUUCUGCAAUAGAGUCCUGCUUCUUUUGAAAAGUUUCCAUUCUUCUAUUCUAAGCCACCACAGUACCAACAAGGCAUUGAAUUUCCUUCUGCUAUGUGGUGUGUGUGUGUGUACAUAUUUGUGUAAGCCUGUGGGUGAAUGUAUUAAAUAACAUGUUAAAUAUCUGUCUGUCCUGGGGAAAAACUGAGCCUUAUAUGGUUCAGUGAGAACCUGACUAUGGAGUCACGGGAUUUCAGUCGGGGCAUGAUCCAAAAAAAAAAAAAAAAAAUGACUGAAAGGCAGAAUGCUGGUAGAUAGCCUGGCUGUGUAAAGUAUUUUCAGUGUUUGAAAUAAAGCACAUGUGAAUGCUUCUUCUUAUUUAUAAAACCAUAA